AUGGAGAGCGGACAGAAUGAGGGGCAAAGCGCACCGUCAUGGCUAUCGGGUUUCCUGAGACGCAAAACACAGAACGAAGAUGCGAAACAGACACCAGACGGAGUCGAUGAGCGCACUUCGCUGUUACCAAAGCCCAACGAGGACGACGAUGCUGGCGAAGGCGAGAUCUACGAGCUUGAGGGCAAGCCACGCUCUCAACGACUCGCACUCGAAUUCUGGACAUUGUUCAAAGCAUCGAUACCAGUCAUUCUAGCCUAUACGCUUCAAAACUCGCUCCAGACGAUCUCUGUCCUCAUCGUCGGACGAUUGUCUCCCGAAGCAUUAUCUGUGGCGGCUUUCUCCUACAUGUUUGCAAUGGCAACAGCAUGGCUGAUUGGCAUGGGCGGAACAACGGCUAUUGAUACUCUGGCAAGUGCAUCGUUCACUGGUUCCAAGAACAAGCACGACCUUGGCAUCAUACUGCAGCGGGCAUUCUUUGUGCUCGGCCUGCUAUACAUUCCGGUCUGCGUCUUAUGGAUCUUCAGCGAGCCUGUCUUCAAAGCAUUGAAGCAGGAAGAUUACAUCGCCCGCGACUCGUCAAAGUUCUUGAGUGCGCUGAUACCUGGUGGUCUUGGUUACAUCUACUUCGAAUGCAUGAAGAAGUAUCUGCAAGCACAGGGCAUCAUGCGACCAGGUACAUAUGUGCUACUGAUCACCUCGCCGAUCAAUGCUGGUCUGAACUUCCUGUUCAUCUACACGCUUGAUCUUGGAAUGCUCGGGGCUCCGAUCGCGACUGGCAUUAGCUACUGGCUGUCGUUCAUCCUACUGGUAUUGUACAGCAGAUUUGUGGCAGGUUCAGAGUGCUGGGGAGGCUUCGACAGAAAGUGCUUGCACAACAUUGGCACCUUUGCACGCAUUGCCUUGCUGGGUAUCAUACACGUCGGCACGGAAUGGUGGGCGUUCGAAAUCGUCGCUAUUGUCGCUGGACAACUCGGCACCAUUCCACUGGCUGCACAAUCAGUCAUCAUGACAGCCGACCAGGUUCUGAACACAAUCCCGUUUGGCGUCGGCGUCGCGACUUCUGCUCGAGUAGGUAAUAUGCUCGGUGCUCGCAACGGCAAGGGAGCUGCAAGAGCUGCGAAUAUGGCGGCAUGGCUGUCGAUGAUACUCGGCCUACUUGUGCUGGCGAUUCUGAUGGGCACACGAAACAGCUUCGCAUACUUGUUCAACAAUGACAAGAAGGUCGUCCGCUUGACUGCAGAAGUCUUACCGUAUGUCGCGCUCUUCCAAAUCGCAGAUGGCCUCAAUGGAUCCUGCGGCGGUGCCCUACGUGGACAAGGCAGACAGCACAUCGGAGCUGCCGUCAACAUCGUGUCGUACUACUGCGGCGCGUUGCCAUUGGGUAUCUACCUUGCCUUCCAUGGUUGGGGACUGGGCGGACUUUGGGUGGGCCAGUGCAUUGCGCUCUACAUCGUCGGUGCUGCGGAAUGGGUCAUCGUGGCCUUCAGCAAUUGGGACAAAGAAGUCGACAAGGCAUUUGCACGAAUGGAUCCGUCAGAACGCGCUGAGCACGGAGCCGCUGAUGGCGGGGCGUGA